AUGUCACAGCUUUCGCAACAGGCCGAAAGACCUUUUGUCAUUGAUACGCAGCUCCAUUACCUGCCACAGGAAAGUCCCACAGGUAGUUACACUCAGCUUCUUCACUCAGGAAACAACUCUUUACCUGUCUUGGAAACGCGCAAUAGGUCCCUGCGCAAGGCUGCUCCUAGUCCCCUACAAUCAAGUACUACUCCUACAUCGCCUUCACGUUCAGGCAGUAUCACUCCAACAAGAAGCGCAUCAUUUCCUACGGAAGGUUCUGACGAUCAACAUCCAUUCAUGAGUACGAAAGAAAGUCAAAGUCCUCUGGAGGAGCCUCGAUCACCAAAAGAGCGCCUUAAUGAUUUAUUAGCAACCGAGAGGAGCUUCUAUACCUCUCAACAGAUUGCCAAACCAUUGCAGAUACAGGGCAAUUUGAGAUACGGCCCACCAUUACAGGAAGCAAAUUUAAAUGCCCCGAUACGAAGCGUUUCUGAUUCUAUCCUGCCAAACGUAGGCCAGACCUCACCUACAGGUAUUUCACCUACGAUGGCAACUACUACACCUGCCCAUCGUGUCGAAAUGGGUCGACCACCUCCCCGAACUUCCUCAAUUGAUUCCGCCAUUUCCUCGAUAUCGAGCGGUGGACAUUCAUACAAGAAUUCGCAGGACUCUAAAGGCUCGAGUGCCCAAUUCGAUGUAGCACAGCUCAUUCAAGCAGCAGGAUCACCGGAAUCCGCUAUACAAUAUUUGAUCAAGGAAAAGCAAUCACAAACCGCACAGAAUUCACAAUUAUGGCGUCUGGUAGAUAAACAAAGAGCUAUGAUUUUGGGAUUAAAUAAGGACCUUGAGCGAACCCUAAAGGAUAAAGAACGAUACAGAAAAAAGUUGAAGGAUAACCUCACACAACAUGCGAAUCCGUCACCUGUAGAUUCGACACAAGGUCCAACGUCGGAAUCAGGGUCGAUAACCUCAGAAUCAAGGGUCACCGAAAUCUUGGCCCAAAAAACUAUUGGCGGGCAUUUAAACUCUGAUGGAUCAAAGGAUGGUUCCCAUGCGCAACAUUCGCCCAUAGAUUGUGCUUUGGCUCCCUAUCCAAUCACCCCUCCCGCGAUGAGAACGCCGGCACUGUCUAAUAUGGUAGUAGCGGAGCACACGAUGCCUUCGCCAACUAAGCAUGCAUUUCAGCAAUACAAUCCGGACUCUCCACCUCUUGGAUUUGAGGCAUCUCAACUUCAGCGGAAGAACCAAGCAGUAGCCGCCGAUAUGCCAUAUAACGCAACCGUACCACCUUCAAGGAAUCUUCCCUCUGAUGCCCCACGCGGACCACCUCCGGCCUCGCCACUCCCUCCGCCUAUGUCUUCGCAGGGACCUUCGCUCGCUAUUGUGGAAUCAUUGCCAAAGGUUGAUCGUGGAUCCCCGAAGUUUCCACCACCAAGGAAAGCCCCUCCAGCACCACUGAAUCUUGGCAAAAAGACUGGGCCCAGUACUCAUCUACGCCAGGCCUCGGAGACGAAAGAAGAGUCUGAUUCAGACUAUGAUGAUAUAUUGGAGGUUGAUGAGAUCCCGACGUUCACCGAAAGAGGCCGACGAAAGACUAGGGAAGAGGACGAUAGGGUACGAGAGGUUGCAGCGGCUCAAGACGCAGAGGCGAGAAGUAGCUCCAAGAAAAGUUCGAAAGGCAGCGUUAAAGGAACGCCAAAAUCGACAUCAGUCACACCGAAGGAAUCAGCACCAGCAAUGCCUCUCAGUCCACGGCCAACUGUCCCAAUCUCGCCACCAGACGCUCAUUUGCGGGCUCUUUCCCCACCAGAUGAGAGUACCGGCUCCUUGGCGGGAAUGUUAAGUGCAUCAAGAUCACCUCCCCCGAAGACAGGGAUGAUGUCACCCCCACUAAUGAGUCCUGGUCUCCCACAAAGUCCAAGACCAAUGGGUCUGUCUUCGAGGACCAAUUCAUCUCAUUCAUCAAUGGCUUCACCUCCAUUGUCUCCUCGAAGUAUGGGCGCUUUUCCAGGUGCUAUAUCAUUAUCGCCGCGAGCUCCACGACAGCCAAUUCCUCUUCCUCCUGGUACUCCAAUGUCAAUAGCUUCUCCUCGUGCGCCCCGAGCGGAGCCUUUAGUUCUCAAUUCCCCACAGCCAUUGAUUAUCACUAAGAAAUCUGAGGAAACUCUCAACACACUCAGAUCCGAGGAAACUCUCGUUGAUGAGAGCAUUCACGGGAGACGUCCGAGUAAUAAUUCUCCAACCCCAGGUCAGUCUGGAAAUGUGAUCUAUAAAGGCCUUGUUACCGAAGAAUACCCAGACCUGCUUUUACCCCCAAAUGCCUUGCCUUCAAUAGACGUGAGGGUGGCUUCGUCACGCUUGAGGCCAUCGAGAGCUAGUCUCCUGUUCCCGGCAAACCUCGAGACUGAUCCUGUCUUCACUCUUGCAGUGUUCGCAAGGUCAGACGGCAAAGAGCUAUGGCGGGUGGAAAAAGACUCCGCGUCGUUAGUAAAUUUGGACCAAAUUUUGAAGCAAUGCCCAGCGUUCACAGCCAGAACGCCCGAUAAAUAUCUUUUCAGCGGUCACUCCCCAGCUAAAAUAGAUGCUAGGCGUACCGCAUUAGAUAACUACCUUGACGAACUUCUUAAUACCGAGCUGGAUACGGAAACUGCGUUAGAAAUAUGUCGAUAUUUGUCCUCGAACACAAUGGAGCCACACGCCGAUAACCUAACUCCAAGUAGUGAUACAGGUUCCGAAAGUCCUGUGAAAACUGGACCGGGUGGUAGGCCUCUCAAGAAUGGUUAUCUAACUAAGAAGGGCAAAAACUUUGGAGGAUGGAAGGCACGAUUCUUUGUGUUGGACGGCCCAGUAUUCAAAUAUUACGAGUCACCUGGCGGGCCACAUCUAGGAACUAUCAAACUUCAAAGUGCACAAAUUGGAAAGCAAUCGCAGCAGACUGAUGGCUCAUCUCCUUCCUCGGGAGACACUGAGGAUGUCGACAAUCAAUACCGCCAUGCUUUUUUGAUUCUCGAGCCAAAGAGAAAGGAUUCUUCAAGCCUCGUCCGGCAUGUUUUGUGCGCUGAAAGCGACAAGGAGCGUGAUGAAUGGGUCGAGGCUCUUCUUCGAUAUGUUGAUUACAAGGAGGAGAAUGAGCAUCAUCAUCAUUCAAGUCAUACUCGCUCUGGCUCAGGCGGCUCCCAUUCCCAAGGGAGGAGAAAGGGAAGUGCCCAGGGAAAGCUGGGUGAGAGCAGUAAUGAUCUGCGCGCUGUUGGUUAUGAUACAACAAAACCAGGCGCUGUUCCCCAUGGAUCAAGAUUGAAGAACUCGGGCACUCCAUCGCCUCCGAUCCACGGCCACGAAAGAGAUCCGACGUCACUGCCACAGUCUCAAUCAAUGAAAACUAUCUCUGGUCCGAAGAAUGCUCAUCCAAUCCAGGAUGCUGGUUCAUGGGGAAACAAACCAGGACUAUUGGCUCCAGACGAAAAACUUAAACAAAAGAAGCGAAGCUUCUUUGGAUUUGGCUCAAAACCAAGGCCAUCUGCGGAGUUGGCAGAUAUGUCAGUCAACAUGUCAAAUCAUAAUUUGUCACAACUGGCAUACGAUCAGCAUGGUCCGAUUAGACCUGUUUUUGGGACCCCCUUAACAGAAGCUGUGAGGUUCAAUCACCCGGCUGAUGUACAAGUUGAGCUCCCAGCAGUCAUAUACCGAUGUAUCGAAUACUUAGACGCGAAGAAUGCUGCAGGCGAAGAAGGAAUUUUCAGAUUGAGUGGAUCCAACAUUGUCAUUAGACAGCUUCGGGAACGCUUCAAUGUCGAGGGAGAUGUCAACUUAGUUACUGAUGAUCAGUACUAUGACAUCCAUGCUGUAGCCUCUCUAUUGAAGUUGUAUCUGAGAGAGUUGCCAUCCACUAUUCUGACCCGCGAACUACAUCUCGAAUUUAUCGCAGUCACGGAGCUUCAAAACGUAAACGAAAAAAUUAGCGCUCUCAACGGUUUGGUUCACAGGUUACCACGAGCAAACAAUAUUCUGCUCAGAUAUCUUGCAGGUUUUCUUAUCAACAUUAUAAAUCACUCGGAUACAAAUAAGAUGACUGUUCGAAAUGUCGGUAUUGUGUUUUCACCAACCCUCAAUAUCCCAGCUCCUGUGUUUGCGCUCUUCUUGCAACAAUAUGAUGGUAUCUUCGAACAGGAGCCCGACGACCAUGAACAUCGCCCCGUUGAGGUAAUUGUCACUGCGCCCGCUUUGUCACCCGAAGAUAUUCGCUCCCCCCGACGCCAAAAAUUUCAGCAGGAUCUCCCGACACCAUCCUUUAACCAGCAAUCUUUCGGUCAACAAGGCCCAGGUUUUACCGGAUUUAAUACAAUGGCUGGACCUGAGUAUCGUGGUCGAGCAAAUACACUAGGAGGGCCAUCGUAUGACCAGCAACACUCAGUUCCUAAGACGAAGAGGAGAGAAAGUAGCAUGUUCAAUAUGGGCAUGGGGCUAGGACAGAAAAAGUCUACCAAUAAAUUAAAGGAGAAUGAUCCUCGAUUAGUUGAUGAAGAAUCAUUCUUUGAUUAG